AUGGCACCUCCGAUCGCAUUGACCCAAUGGCUCCAGCGAGAAUAUCCUCGGCCUCAAAUAGACCCGGAAUGGCUCAGUGACUGCUACGCCUGGAUCGAGAGCCAAUACCAUUUCGAUCCAGCCACACAACUCGAUGAGAUCAUUCACCACGUUAACGUACAACUACUGGAAUCUGAUCUAUCAGAUUCCAUGAUUCCGGGCUCAGGGCUUCCUCAGAAUAUUGCUGAUGUUCCCAGAACAACAAUUCGCGGCGAUGUGCUCGUGCAGAUCAUCUCUAUCACAGAAAUAGGUCACAGUGCAUUUACCCUUCAGAAUGUCCACCAGGCGCGACUUGAGCGCGAAGACAUGGCGGGGCUGGCUCGGGACGAAGAUGAUGAUGAAGAAGGGAUUCCAUCCUACCCACGAUCCAUGCUGAGGUUCCAACUGAGCGAUGGAUCUACUAUACUCCAAGCUAUCGAAUUCCGACACCUAGAGGAGCUUGUUCUCGGUGAGACGAAGCUCGGGCACAAAAUGAUCCUCAAGAAUGUGCCCAUUCGCAAAGGUGUUGCAUUCCUAGAACCCAAAUGCAUUGUGAUGAAAGGCCACCAGGUUACCGAUCUGGAGGCCUUUCAGGAACGCGAUUUUGCGCGCGGGCUACGCUUCCGUCUCGGUAAGCCAGAUGACCCAGCAGAGGAGGAACCCGAGCAGCAGAUAGCAGUUAUGGCCCAAGAACAACGGCAAGUUGCACCAAAUUCUGUUAGCUUACCAAUGCAGUCGGUUCGCUCUCCUCUGAGAGAGUUAGAUGAGCUCGUACCUGUCGCUGGCCCCUCAGGAAUAUCCCAUGUUGACGACGUGGGUCAGCCUCGUAAGCGAAAACUUCCCGAUCGUUCUCAGCGCAGUCCAUCUCCAAAUCCCCCUCCGCGUCAGACCGGCCGCCAGGAGACACAGUCGCGCUUCUUCGAGUCUCAGUCAAGGACGGUAAAUCCCUCUGCUGGUCUCGCUAACGAACGCCUCUUAUCGCCUCAUCGACAGCAAGCGAUUUUCGUCCCCAACAGUGACGAGGAAGAUGGCGAGUUGUGGCAGCUACCUGGAAACAGAAAGCGUGGCGACACCUCUAUCGGGGAAGGCCCUUCUCGAAGAGGAACAGCUGCGACCACGAGCCCCAAAGCAGCGAGCUCGGAGCUAUAUUACGAUGACGAUGACUUUUUGGAUGACGCAUUCCUGGCGCAGGUAGACCGUGCUGAGCGGGAGGCCCUCGCACCAUCAGAUGAGGAAGGCAUAUUUACUGCGACUUCGAGUAUCAUUCCUGCGGAUCCAGGAACUACACAAAGGACGGAAGGUGCUUCGAGUCAGCGCAUUGCGGCGGGACCGAGCCUGCAGUCAACUUACACCAGCCAUGGCUCAGCCGGUAUGUCGGCUUCCGGCUCUGCUUCCACGGUGGUGGCAGAUCCAAGCCUCAGAUCAAGUAGUAGGGGUAGGGCAAUUGGAUCAAGGAUCAAUCUGGAUGUUGUUACAAUAGAGGAUUCAGAUGAAGAUGACAAGGAGAACGUACCCGCGCUGACACGCCAUGUCCGCCGGCGCACAGCACCCACUCAGGACGAUGUGAUCGAGUUAUCUGAUUGA